AUGGAACUAAACGUAUUUUGCGUUGAGGUUGUUGAUGGAACGAAAUGCGAUUCAACAAGAGACGAUAUCUGUGUUGAUGGCAUCUGUUUGCCUGUGGGCUGUGAUAAGAAAUUGGGAUCUGCGGUCAAAGACGACAAAUGUGGUGUUUGCGGUGGCAAUGGAUCAACGUGUAAAACCAUCGAAGGAUUUUUCGACGAACGUAAUUUGACGCCUGGAUAUCAUAACAUUAUUCGAUUACCUGUCGGCGCUACGUCGAUUCGUGUUGAAGAAAUGCGUCCAACAACAAACUCGCUCGCGAUCAAAAAUAGUUCGGAUCACUUCUAUUUGAAUGGAAACUACCAGAUUCAAGUGAUCGAUAAGGAUAUCGAGAUUGGUGGUACCGUAUUCGAGUAUGACAAUUCAAAGUCUCGACGUGCAGGUAGUGCCUUCGAGAAAUUGGUCGCUCGCGGACCAACCAAUGAAGAACUCAUCAUUGCAUUGCUUUUCCAAUCCGGCAAUAAGGAAAGUGCAAUCCAAUAUGAAUUCUCUGUACCGUUGGAACAAGAUAAACCGUAUAUGUAUAAGCCUGGCGAGUGGACCGCAUGUACAGUGACCUGUGGUAAAGGAGUGCAGACACGAACACCGUAUUGUGUUGAGAUGGCGUCUGGAGAUCGUGUUGCAGAUGAGAUUUGCGACGAAAAUAAUGCCACAAAACCGGUGAUCGAGAAGGAAUGUGAAACGAUCGAUUGCGAAGCCGAAUGGUAUCAAGGCAAAUGGGAACCGUGCUCGGAAACGUGCGGCAGUACGGGUUCACAGUAUCGUGUUGUCUAUUGUCAUACCGUAUACGCCGAUGGACGGCGAGUCACUAUUGAUGAUGCAAAUUGCACUUCGGAACGUCCACCUGUACAGCAACAAUGUAAUAGGUUCUCUUGCCCUGAAUGGCAAGCCGGACCGUGGAGUGCAUGUUCUGAGAAAUGUGGUGAUGCAUAUCAGUAUCGUUCGGUGACGUGUCGAAGUGAGAAGGAAGGAGAGGAAGGCAAAUUGCUACCUGCUGAAGCUUGUGGUGAUCUUGUGGUUGAGAAUCGACGUAGUUGUAAUUUGGGACCUUGUGAGGGAUUAACAUUCACCACUUCUGAGUGGAAUUUGUGCCAAAAAUGCAACGAUACGGAAGAGACACGCAAUGUGACAUGCAAAGACCCAACCGGUCGAGUGUAUCCACUGGAGAAAUGUCUCAACGACAAUACCACCGAAAUACCGAUUGAUACUCGAUCAUGCGCAACACCACCUCCAUGCGUUUACGAAUGGCAUUCAUCUGAAUGGUCAAAAUGUAGUACGGAAUGCGGGCAUGGUCAUCAAGAUCGACGAGUUGUUUGCGCAAUACACGAACUCGGCGAUCUAACGGUUGUGGAUGAAUCGCAUUGUGUUGAAGAUAGAAAGCCACCAAAAACCAAGAAUUGUACGAAUGAAGAAAAAUGCAACGGAACUUAUUAUAUGGGUCCAUGGACACAGUGUACAUCUGAGUGA